AGUAGGUGAGCGGUGCUGCCGGGCGCUGCGGCUCAGUCGCGGGUGAGCUGCGGGGAGUUACCUCCGUCAUGGCGCUCCCGGUGCUGUCAGUCGUGUCGGUGCGGAGCAGCCUCUUGCGUACCCUCCGGACUCAAGUGCACUCGGUCAGGAAGAAGUCCGUCCACUCCGUGGCUGUGAUCGGCGCCUCCUUCUCUCAGGGACAGAAAAAAAAAGGAGUGGAAUAUGGCCCAGCUGCCAUUCGAGAAGCUGGCUUGCUGAAAAGACUCUCCAGUCUGGGCUGCCACCUAAAAGAUUUUGGAGAUUUGACUUUUACUCCAGUCCCCAAAGACGAUCUCUACAACAACCUCAUAGUGAAUCCACGUUCUGUGGGCCUUGCCAACCAGGAACUGGCUGAGGUGGUUAGCAGAGCAGUAUCCAGUGGCUAUAACUGUGUCACUGUGGGAGGAGACCACAGCCUGGCAAUUGGUACCAUUAGUGGCCACGCCCGACACUGCCCUGAUCUGUGUGUCAUUUGGGUUGAUGCCCAUGCUGACAUAAACACACCUCUCACUACUGCUUCAGGAAAUCUUCAUGGGCAGCCAGUUUCAUUUCUCCUCCGAGAACUACAGGACAAGGUACCACAACUCCCAGGAUUUUCUUGGAUCAAACCCUGUAUCUCUUCCCCAAAUAUUGUGUACAUUGGCCUAAGAGAUGUGGACCCUCCUGAACAUUUUAUUUUAAAGAACUACGAUAUCCAGUAUUUUUCCAUGAGAGACAUUGAUCGACUUGGUAUUCAAAAGGUCAUGGAACAGACAUUUGAUCUGCUGAUUGGCAAAAGACAAAGGCCAAUCCAUUUAAGUUUUGAUAUCGAUGCAUUUGACCCUACACUGGCUCCAGCCACAGGAACCCCUGUUGUUGGAGGACUAACUUACAGAGAAGGCAUGUAUAUCAGUGAAGAAAUACAUAAUACAGGAUUGCUGUCGGCACUGGAUCUGGUUGAAGUCAAUCCUUGGCUAGCUGCUUCAGAGGAAGAGGCAAAAGCUACAGCUAGCCUGGCAGUGGAUGUAAUUGCUUCAAGUUUUGGUCAGACAAGGGAAGGAGGGCACAUUGUCUAUGACCAACUUCCUACUCCCAGUUCACCAGAUGAAUCAGAAAAUAAAGAAUGUGUGAGAAUUUAGAACCACUGUGCACUGACACAUUUCACAAUGGGCAUUCCAGAGGUGCGAGUUAAGGGGACAUACUAAACAGCUGUCUUGGUCAAUACUGCCUUAAUGAGAACCCUGUGCAUUCUCACAAUUGUAAAAUUUCACCUCUCCACUUUGGUGACCAAUAAUAUUUCUGUAAAUGUAUUUGGUUUUUUGAAGUUCACAAGGCAUUAAUGUUAUACUAUGUAAAUUUGAAGAAGACAUAAACAGCAUUUAUUACCUUGGUA